AUGACCGGAAAGGAUGGUAUUAGAGCGAGAUGUCUACGGGCAUCGAGAAAAAUACUUGGUCUAAUACAGCGACCUGAUAUCUCGGACACCGUCGAUCACAGCCCUGAAGUACAUCGUAAAACCAAAUUACAGCGCUAUGCCCCAUGGAAUCUCGCACGGAUUUCUCAACGCCAUGCCCGAGACGAUGAUUUAUUCCAAUACCGCUACGGUGUAACCAAAGGACCAGGCGCAUACGUAUAUGUCCUUGAUACUGGCAUUAAUAUCUUGCAUGCUGAAUUCUCUGGUCGAGCUUUAUACGGAGAAAACUUUAUCCCAGGAUCGCCAGACUGCGAUGAAAAUGGCCAUGGCACUCACAUGGCAGGAAUUAUUGGAGGGAAGACAUUCGGUGUGGCUAAGAAUUGCACUUUAAUUUCGGUCAAGACACAACACAAACAUGGUCAGGGCAAAAUGUCAGAUAUGGCAAAGGGCAUACACUGGGUUAUCCAAGACGCCGCCAGGAGAGGUGUUUCUGACAGGAGUGUCAUAAACAUAUCUAUAUCAGGUAAAUACAAUCCCAGUGUCAACGAUGCCGUAAAGAAGGCUACAGAUGCUGGUAUCACGGUGGUUGUCUCAGCAGGCAAUAAUGCAAGGUUUGCUUGUGACUACUCCCCUGCCUCGGCCAUUACUGCCAUCACAGUCGCUGGUAUUGGUCUCGAUGACUGCCGCCGUCUUUUGUCAAACUACGGCCCCUGUGUUGAUAUUUUUGCUCCGGGUGAUAGCAUCCCUACCGCCUCGAUUUCAGUUGGUGGUGAACAAGAAUAUAGUUUUGGUACGAGUGCGGCAGCGGCGCAUGUGUCGGGUCUAGCUGCGUACUUUAUAUCCAGCGAGAACCUGAGGGGAUUUAAGGCUGUGAGAUCGCGAAUUCUUAGUGCAGCCUCGAAAGGCGUAGUCAAAGAUACGCGGUGCAGUAGUAACCGUCUUGCAUUUAACGGUGUGUCAAGAAAUUGA